AUUACAUUCUUGGUCUAAUCUCGACUCCUUGAGUGAGUGAGUACUGAGUAGGUACCAAACUGAUAGGAUGAAACCUGUAGGGUCAAACCCGAAUAAAUAAUAACUCGAUGGGUUUAUCUGGGUUUUGUCGGAAAAGGAAGAGUAUGUAUUAAAGCCGACCGGAGCCAACGGAAGUGGAAGUAGAAGUAGAAGAAGAAGAAGAAGAUGGCUGAACAGACAGAGAAGCCUAUUAGGUUACUCAAUUUCGUCUCGGAGGAACAGUUAGAGGAAUCAAAGAAAGAAAGAGGCGAAAGAGUUGAAGAUGGAACAUUCCAAAGAGACAGGGCUUUGUACGAGAUUCUGAAAGAGAACAAAGACAAGAAGGACGCUGAGUUUAACGAACGAUUCAAACAUAGACCACCCAAAGCUCUUGCUGAGGAUGAGACUGAGUUUCUCGAUAAACUCGAGAUGUCAAAGAGAGAAUAUGAACGGCAAUUAGCAGAUGAAGACGAACAACAGAUUCGUAGUUUCCAGGCAGCGGUUGCAGCACGAUCAGCAACCCCUCAAGAACCACAAGAAGCUGCACUUCCACCACCAGCUUCAGCCACUAAAGAACAUAAAACAACGGGGAAGAGAAACUCUGCAACUCGUCCAUUUAACACAAUCAUAAGAGUCAAACCACAACUGAAAAAGGUUAAAGCGACAGAGGAAGAGAAGAAAGAAAUCUCUGGCCCUCCUGAACCUCUGCAAACAGGUUUAGCCUUAGUCUCAUAUAGCGACGAAAGUGAAGAUGAUGAUUAACAUCUUUUUUUAGUUUUUUUUUGCUGACACAAGAAUCUAUAAACAUUCAUGAUAAAUCUAUCAAUUGAAACUUUCAUUUCCACUGUAUAUAACUCAGAAAUGGUAAUAAUCUAUAUAAAGUUUUAUGUA